AUGUUUCCUGCUGAGAGGCGAAUCCCGAUUCCAACUAAGGACCUCCUCUCUUGGACUUUUGACGACCCUAGAUUUGACCAAGAUGAGCCAAUCUACAUCGAUGCAAAAGACUCCUCGAGAUCCAUCUCCUUGAACCAGGCUCGUGUUUUGAUUCGGCAACUUGCAGCUGGAUUUCACGCUGCUGGCUUGAAAAAAGGAGAUUGUGUCUGUCUUCACUCUUUCAACGACAUCUACUACCCAAUCUUAUUCCUAGGAAUCAUCGCAGCUGGAGGUAUCUUUGCAGGUACCAAUCCCUCAUACACACAAUUCGAGCUAGAGCAUCACAUCAAGACAGCCAAAACAGCCUUUUUCAUCACUGAGCCCGAAAUGCUCGAAAAUGCAGUAGCAGCAGCCAAGAAGUGCGGUAUUCCCGAAUCUAAGGUCUGGAUUUUUGAUGUUCUUGAACAGCCAGUUCCCAAGGAGUACAGAUCAUGGAAAGAGCUCCUACGUCACGGCCAAAAAGACUGGGUGAGGUUUGAUGAUGAGAAGACUUCUAAAGAGACCACGGCUGCGAGAUUGUUCAGUAGUGGAACUACAGGCCUUCCUAAAGCUGCAGUUCUUUCCCACUAUAAUUUCAUUGCUCAACACACUCUCGUUCACGAGAUCAACCGAAAAGCUUGGCGUCCAAUUAGGCUGCUGUGUCUUCCUAUGUUUCAUGCAGCUUGCGUACCAGUUGCACAUACAACGCCGCUUCGAGCAGGUCAACCAUCCGUCAUAAUGAGACGCUUCGAGCUCGAACCUCUACUUUCUAAUAUCGAGAAGUUUGAAAUCAACGAAAUAGGACUUGUCCCUCCCAUCAUAAUCGCCAUUAUCAUGUCCGGUUUGGCGAGCAAGUACUCCCUCAAAGGCAUUAAAUCGUUAACAUCUGGAGCCGCGCCGCUGGGGAAGGAUUCUCAGGAUCGUAUGAGGGACUUGUUGGCACCGGGGGCUCUUGUCAAUCAGGUUUGGGGCAUGACGGAGACAUCCUGUAUUGCUUCAAUGUUCUAUUAUCCCGAAGAUGAUGUGACUGGAAGUGUUGGAAGAAUGCUUCCUGGUCUCGACGCCAAGAUUGUCGAUGACAAUGACAAAGACAUCACAGGUUACGAUGUCCGUGGCGAACUUUGCGUGCGCGGACCGACAGUUGUAGCAGGCUACUUUGAGAAUCCAAAAGCCAACAGUGAGUCCUUCGACUCAGAAGGCUUCUUCAAGACAGGCGACAUCGUCUACUGCGAUAGCAAAACCAAGAAGUGGUAUAUCGUCGAUCGAAAGAAGGAACUGAUCAAAGUACGAGGCUUCCAAGUUGCUCCUCCUGAGCUCGAAACUGUUCUGCUAUCUCACCCGCACAUCAUCGACGCGGCUGUCAUUGGUGUAAAGCAUCCCAGUGAAGCAGAUGUGGAGUUGCCGAGGGCAUAUGUGAUUAGACGAGAUACGCCAGAGGGUAAGGCACUGGACGAGGCCGCUGUGAAGAAGCAUUGCGGCGAGAGGCUUGCCAAAUACAAGGAGUUGACUGGAGGUGUGAAGUUCGUUGAUGCUAUUCCGAAGAACGCGAGUGGGAAGAUCUUGAAGAGGGUGCUGAGAGAAAUGGCGAAAGAGGAGGAUGAUCAGGCGAAGGCUAGACUUUGA